AUGUUUUUCUCCCCGCGCCCCACUUCUCCUCUCCUCGUCCACAACUCCCUCCCCUCUCCCCCUCCCCUCGGCCCUCGCCGUGUCUCUUCUCGCUCUCGCCUCCACCUGCCCUCCAACCUCAAUGAUCCCCCGAUCCCUCCUCGCCUCAUCGGCUCUCCCCUCCUCGACAAGCUCACCGCCCCCGAGUCCGGUGCACUCACCUCGAACAUUCAGAAGCAGCUCUGGUUCGAUGGAGACGAGUUCGGGACGCGCGCAGCCGCCACCGCCUCCCAGUCGCGCUCGCGCUCUCCUCCCCCUCCGAGCCUCCUCAUGGUCUCUAUCCCGCCCGUGCCGCCCAUCCCUUCCUCCGCCUUCAACAGCCCCGGCGCCAAGCGCUCCGUCCUCCGCACUCCCCCCGCGACGCCUCGCUCGCGCGCGAUGCAGAUCGUCAUCCCCGACCUUGACGACCCCGCCCCGGAGACGCGCGCCGACCGUCGCGCCCGCCGCGCCUCGCGCACGUAUCCUGUCACCAGCCCGCGGAGGCGCACCGCCGGCCCUGAGGCUCACUGA